AUGAAAGAAGCAGUCCCUGCUUCUACGACCCCUGUCAAAGAUGGACAAAGUGACCAAUCGUCAGGGGAUAAAAAAGAAAAGGACUCAAAAUGGUCCGGAAGAAAUGCUUGGAAAUAUGGUUUACUUCUGCUUGGUGGCUGGGCAACUGUCACAACUGGCGUAUUAAUUAAUAUCUGGGGUGCACCGGCAAUUGAUCCAGAGGGCAACGAGAUCAAAGACGAAUUUUCCGAUAUGUCCUUUCUUCAGGCUUACCUCAAACGUGCUUUGAAAGAAUUCCAUCAAUACAAACAAAUGCUGAAGGAUCCAUCACGUGAUAAGCUGCUACCUGACCCUCUUCAAUACCCAUAUAUGCAACCUCCUUACACUUUGGUGAUGGAAAUGACAGGUGUUUUGGUUCACCCCGACUGGACAUAUGGUACUGGUUGGCGGUUCAAAAAACGUCCAGGACUCGAUUAUUUUCUGCAGCAAGUUGGACCACCCUUGUUUGAAAUUGUGAUUUAUACUUCAGAGCAAGGAUAUAACGCAGACCCAAUUCUGAAUAAUUUGGAUCCGAAUGGUUAUGUGAUGUAUCGACUGUACAGAGACGCAACACGCUAUGUGGAGGGACACCAUGUUAAAGACCUUUCCUGUUUGAAUCGAGAUUUGUCAAAAGUGAUCAUCAUCGAUUGGAACAAAGCAUCAACCAAAUUACAAGAAGAGAACAGAUUUUUGCUCAAACGUUGGACAGGAGCUGAUGAUGAUCGUACACUUAUAGAUUUGGCCAAUUUCCUUAGAACUUUAUCAAUGUCUGGAAUUGAAGAUGUUCGUACAGUUCUCCAAUAUUACAGUGAAUUUGAAGAUCCAAUAGGAGCCUUCCGUGAGAAUCAGAGACUCCUUCAGGAAGAACAAGAGAAGCAAGUCCGGCUCCUUGAAGAAAAAGAAAAGAAAAAGAAGUCUACUCCAUGGAUGCCGUCUCUGUUUAGCCGUCGGUGA